UAUAUGUUCCCACCAAUUUAAUUAUAUAUGUAAUAGUUACUUAAUUUUUAAUUAUUUAAUAUAUAUUUAUUAUUUCAUAAUAUAUAAAAAUAUAUAAUAUCUAAAAUAAUUUAUAUAUAAUGUUCAUCGAACGCAAGGCGCGGAUCUUAACCUAGUAGAGUUUUAAUAAGAAUGACUUUUUAAAAAUCAACUAUGUAAGUUUAAAUUUUCAGCAUUGCUUGACUAUAGUUGGUACUGUUACAUAUACAGCGUACUAUAGCAUAUAAAUGCCUAUUAGCUAUAAGAUAUGUGUGCGGUAUUAUUAAUUAAACAAUUGUCAUGUAUAUAUGGUCAAUUUUUGAAAUUAAACACAUUAACGACAUUUUAGUUUGCUCCAUCUAAAAAAGGAAAUGAUCACACAUUAACCUGCAAGGCUACGUUCAUAUAGAGACACCCCCUUCCAAGAAAUUGACGUAUCGAUUACGGAUCAAAACUAUUGAUGGCAAACCCCACAUUCCAAACCUUAACUUUUAUCAUAUUUUACUUGCUUUAAACUUGGAAGUCUAAUAAUGUUCUACGAAAUGCGAAUAAUUUGCGUGUAUAGUCUUAUUAGUUUUUUUUUUGUAACUGGGUACAGGAUAAAGGCAACAUCUAAAUGCCGAUGUGCGAUCAUAAUGAAAGUUUCUUAACACAAAGCAGUAGAAAGAUAAAGACAUUGUUUAUUGAACGAAAAGUGUGCUAUAGUUUGGAUAACUCAUUGUUAUAAAUAAUUAUAGUUAGCAAUUUCAUAUGUUUCUACUAUAAUUCAAAAGGUAAUUAUUAGAAACAUGAAUCACAACUAAAUAUUCCUCAUUAACCCAGAAUGUGUACAGUGUAUGCAGUAUAUAUACAAGUGUGGUUUAGACUGAUUUAGCCAAAGGAGACUUAAAUAAUUUUUUCAAACUAUACAAUAAUUGAUAUAUAUAUGCUAAUAGUACAUGUAACUGAAAAAAGUUUUAGGAAUUUUCUUACGCUUUUACUGUAUUUAACGUCAACCAAAUAUUUAGUUUUAUAUUAUAAUAAUCUGAACGCAUAAGCAUAUAUAAACCUUUUUUUUUUUUUGAAAAACAAACAUAAAUGUUAACACACAAAAAACUGUAGUUGUAGUUUAUGCAAAUAAGCUCAACUUCAGUCGUCCUAUGUAUUACUGAAAGGAGUCGCGGUCGCGUAGUUAAUUUUGUUCAUAUAGAAGGUAUAUAAAGUUUUGAUAUCUUAUUAAUGUGUGUGUAUAUAUAUUAACUACAAGUACAACAAUAACGACAUUCAACUCGAAUACACAUAUGUUAUAUGCCUAUAUUACAGUUUAUAAAUAGAAGUUGCAUAUGCAUGAGAAAUAGUUAAAUGUUGAAAUAUGUUGUUCUGCCUCUUUGACUACUUGUAUCAUCUAAUUGUAAAUAUGAUGAUCAAGUUGUGAAUAAGUAGCUCUAAGUUGGGGGAAGUUGCAAUCCUUAUCAGACUAUUUAAUGACCAGUCUCCUCUUUGGACUGAUCCUCACUGAUUUUAGACCAAGACUAUAACAAAACAAAACAUAUACAUAAAUAACCAAGACAAAAGAAGAUAAACCUAUACUGUAAUUGCUAAGUUGGCUAAGUUGAUGCUAGAUCAACGGCCAGGCACUUCUCAAUGAAACACGAGAGACCUCUGACCGUUGAUAUAAGCCAUCGACAAGAACUUAGCAACCGAUGUUUGGGACCAUAUUAGAUUUUGUGUGUUUAUCGAAUCGUGUGGGGUUUGUCUGAUUACCCAUAAAUGACCAUCGUGCCAUCUAGUCCAUUUCCUUUGAGUUUGUUGAGGUUUAGGGGGUGGGUUACAUGGUCAUGUCGUACCAGUAUUCCACCGAUGCCAAGUGUACAUAUGUCAAUUAUAUACCACACUCAGAAACUUGACACGAUCACGCACUUUGUCACUUAAACUUCACACGUGGCUAAAUGAGAAAGCGACGGAUUCUGAUCAGUCUAAUCUGGUAACGAAAUUAACGGCUGUAAACAGAAAGCUGCCAUCAUCUAACGGCAAAGAUCAACACAAGAUACACUUUUGUCUGAGGAAGUGAGGAGAAUUUUUUUUCUCGGUACAAUCGGCCAAUCUAUAGCUGAAGUCCUCAGCUGAAGGUCAAAUACUCAAUAUUCAUACUCUUCUUAAAUUACUAAUUCCAGUUGCGUUAGAUUAUUUGUUUACAAGUAUAACUUGAAAGAUAUGAUAGAAAUACCACGAAACUUCUAUCAGAUAUAAGCACUUUCGUUUUAAACAUCAAGUUUAGCGGCAGUCGAGUUAUAAACUGAUAGCAACAAUCAUGUGGGCAAGACAAGGCUAGUUUCCAAAGUUCAACUAAUUUUUGAGCCAUUUUACCAAAUAUCGUAUAAAAUUAUAUUUUCUCCGCUUUUAAAAAAUAUUGUUAAUAUUGUUUCACAAAAUAUUGUUUACAUAUUCAAUAUAAAAUUUUAACAAAAUUAUAUUUGAACUUCACUGUUUUAAUGUAUUAAGUGAUAGAAACUGUUAUUAAUAUAUAAAUAAAAGAAAGAAAAAAAUUAAUAUUUUUUAAUUUAUGUGAAAUAUAUAAAAUGAUCUUAUAGAGGGAGUACAUAUAUAUGUGGAUAGAAAAUAACUAUGCAUAUGUGAUCUUACGACCUUGAACCAAUAAUGUUUAGUAGUUUAUAUAUAUGACAUCACGUACGGACUAAAUUUUGUAAUAAAAUGUUCAAUGGAUGGUGGUAAGUAUAAUAAGAGUUGCAAGUCUUAGCGAACUAAUUAAAUCUUGUAGCUGUCAAAGCGUCAUCUAGCACAUACAUAGGGAGGUUAGUACAAUAAUGUAUAAAUUACAUUUGUCUCGUGGAUAAGUUGUACUAGCUACAAAAGGACACGCUAUUUUCUAUUUACAAUUGAGUUCAAAUCCUUUUAACUUUUCAAACCACGGUUAAUUAUAGCGAAUUAACGUUAGUUUUUUAGUUAAAUGACAAGUUUGUCUUAUUACAUUUUAAACAAAUAAUGAAACGCAUAUGUGGGCGACACCUAUUGGAGAAAUCUUUAAUCGAUCCCACGUCCAUGUUUAAAAAACGUAUUUAGAGUAGAAUCUGUCAGGCCGUUAUAAGUUAUAUAAGUACUCCUGAAUCAAGACUGAUUAAUCAAGAACUCGUCAAAUGUUAAAUAACAAAUAACCCAAAUCCAUCGGCUACAAUUUACAGCCCACAAUACUUUUGUUGGUUAUAAUUAAAUUUUGAAUUGAAUUGUUAUAUAGUUUGAGAUAAACCCAUGUUUAAAACAAACCCUAUACUGUAAAUGCAUUUUCCUUUACGGCGUUCAGUUAUUAGAGUUCAGAAUUGGCUUUAUUUUUACUUUUUACUGAUAGAUAUGAAACACGGGCUCCAUGAAAUAUGACAUCAUUCGAAGGAGCAUAGAUCCCAUUGGAUUGGAGAGGUAAGUCUCACGCGCCAACGUAUGGCGGCGCUGAGCCGUAGAUAUUAUUUGCUUGCUAGUAAAGGCACCGUUAUGAACUCUAAUAAAAAAAAAUCUUAAAUUUGCAAUCAAAUUUGUUGGUUUUGAACUUAAAGAGAGUAAAAAAAAAAUCUAUAGGUGUGUUUUUCGACGAAAUAUAAUAGACAUGGUAGAUAAUUUUUUUUUAUUAGACUAUGUAUUUUCAAGUAUAUUGAAAGAAAUAUUGGAUGUUGAAAUUCAACAACUGUAUAACAGUUACAUGUAAAUAAACAGACAGAUCAGUGAUUUAGAUGUGAUUUAGAUAAGUCAAGUCAACUGGAUUACACAUUAACAGAUAAAUUUUAUUUAAUUAAUACAAGCAGACUCCAUGAUUUACGUUUGAUUCAACGGUCACGAUGAUAAUUAAGUUAGCGUUUGCAAUAAGUUAAGUUAGUUGAUGUAACCAUCACAUUACACCUAUUUAUUACAUUCUUUACUCUGUACUAUACAGUUAAUUAAUAAGAUUCAUAUAUUUUUCUAUCCAUUGCGAUUAAAGCCACCUGUUGCAAACCCAUUUGUUAUUAAACAAAAUUUAUUUUACUAAUGACCAUAUAUACACAAUUAAAAGUUUUUGUGUAAAUCAAUAUUCGUUACAUUUUUGAAUCCAUGUAAAUCAUCUAAACAAUUACAUUCAAAGUGGUCUUGCUUCUGUUCUAAACACCUUUAGUUUGAUGUUUAUUUAUCAAAUAAAUCAGUGAACGAGACUCUGCAAUCAUCUUUUUCUUGUGGCUGAACGGUCUUGCUUUCUUAUUUUCCUUUAAAACAAUAUUGGAAUCAAAUCUACAAGCACUUUCAAUUUGUUAAAUAUAAGAUAUUCACACAAAAGAGAUUCACAAUCGACGUCGAUCGAUUCUAACGGAAUCAAGCUUGGGAAGCCUAAUUAACUAGCUAACUAUCAGCACAGUAUUAGUAACCUCUUGAAAGAGUAUUUUAAUAACCUUUUGUACUUAUAUUAAAUAUCUCAAAUAUGAACAUGUUAUAUUAAUACUAUGAACAUUUUUUCCAAAAUUAGAAAAAUAUCUUUUAAACUAUAUUUUGGCCAUACAUAUGUAAAAUUCGUUUUUUUUCUUGCAAAGUUAGCCGUCAGAUACACUAUUAUACUCUUUCCGUUUUAUAUUAAGUAUCGUUGUAAAAAAAAAUUGUUACAAAAUAAAUAUCGUUUUAGUAUUUCAAUGCACAAUUUAUUAACUUUAUUUUCCAGUUUAUUUUUCUAUUGGUUAAAAUAUGAUUAGGUAUAUGGAUAAUGAUGUUUUUAUACAGAAAAUAUACAAAAUUAAAUAUUUUCUUAAUUUAUGUGCGUGAAUCUAAAAUGACACUCAAUAUAAAACAUAUGAAGUAGUUGUUUUUUUUAAACUAGACUAGUUUUUUUGACUAAAAAAGACUAGCAUAGUCGAAAUAAUAAAUUUACAACGUAAAAUGUAAAAUAACAAAACAAAAACUAAAUUUGUCGAACAAUGAACACAUUCUUAUUUUUUUUUUUUUUUUUUUUUUGCUAAACUGUAAAUAUCAUAAAUGAAGAAAAGAUUUUACAAAAGUAUCAUCUUUGGUCUGAACCAACUUGGCAAAAAGAAAGAAAAAACAAGCUGGUUCAACAAACUAACUAGAGACUAGGGACUCAUCUAAUCCACAUAGCCAUAAGAUCUCUGAAUUUCUUGUUCUCCCUCCUCGAAGAGAUCACAUUUCUCAAUUCCUUAUCAAUACUUCUGAAGACUGCCUCUGCGGGUAGAGAAGUCUGAUUAUGAAUCAAGUUAUUCCGCUGUUUCCAGAGAUGAAAUACCACCGUUUGCGUUUGCGUUGCGUUGCGUUGCUCAGGAAAUGAACACAUUCUUACCGCAGGCUCAGAGAGAGACAAUAAAAUAAAUACAACUACACAAAAUAUUAUUAAGAAAAAAUGUUCCUCUAAAUUAUAUACUAAAAGACAAUAUAUACUAGGGAUAGUACUAUACAAAUACAUAAAUAAAUGUUGGCAUUUAUUUUAAGGAGUUCCGAUUUUCUAUAUAAAGACCAAAGCUAUCUGUUGAUCUUUAAGCCCCACAGACCAAAAGACACUCUCCUUUAGUUUCUCUCCCUUCUCUCUUAUAGCUUCACUUGCAUUCCUUUGAUCCCCCAUGGCUACAGAACUCGAAAGCUCCUUGAUCUUUGCCCUUCUGUCCAAAUGCAGCGGUCUAAGCCAAACCAGUCUCGCUUUCUCUCUCCUUGCCAUCGUAAUAGUAUGGCUCGCCUUCUCUCUCUUCUUCUGGACCUAUCCCGGUGGACCUGCAUGGGGCAAACACCUCUCUCGCCGGUUAACUAACAAAACCGGAACGGUUAUUCCCGGUCCAAGAGGGUUCCCUUUCGUGGGAAGCAUGUCUCUCAUGUCCAGCACUCUAGCUCACCACCGAAUAGCGGAAGCAGCUGAGAGAUACGGAGCCAAACGCCUCAUGGCUUUCAGCUUAGGCGAGACACGCGUGAUCGUCACGUGCAACCCCGACGUGGCUAAAGAGAUUCUGAAUAGUCCAAUUUUUGCUGACCGGCCGGUUAAGGAAUCAGCUUACUCUCUGAUGUUUAACCGGGCGAUUGGUUUCGCGCCACACGGGGUUUACUGGCGAACGCUGCGAAGGAUCGCUUCGAACCACCUCUUCAGUCCUAAACAAAUCAAACGAGCCGAAACGCAGAGGCGGGUGAUCGCUAGCCAGAUGGUGGGGUUGCUCGAGAAACAGAGCAGUACUAACGCGCUCUGUUUUGUUCGUGAGCUGCUCAAAACGGCGUCGCUUAGCAACAUGAUGUGUUCUGUUUUCGGACAAGAGUACGAGCUUGAUCAAGACCAUGUUGAGUUACGUGAGUUGGUCGAAGAAGGCUAUGAUUUGCUCGGAGAAUUGAAUUGGACCGAUCACCUUCCUUGGUUAUCGGAAUUUGAUCCACAGAGAAUCCGGUCUAGAUGUUCCGCACUCGUACCAAAGGUAAACCGGUUUGUAUCACGGAUUAUAUCUGAGCAUCGUAGACAAACCGGUGACUCGCCUCGUGAUUUCGUGGACGUCCUGCUCUCCCUCCAUGGUUCGGAUCAAUUAUCCGACCCUGACAUCAUUGCUGUUCUUUGGGAAAUGAUAUUCAGAGGAACAGACACAGUUGCGGUUUUAGUCGAGUGGAUCCUCGCUAGGAUGGUGCUUCAUCCAGAUAUUCAAUCGACGGUACAGAACGAGCUUGAUUCGGUAGUCGGAAAAUCAAGAGCCGUCGAUGAGUCUGACUUGGUUUCACUUCCGUAUCUGACGGCUAUGGUGAAAGAAGUUCUGAGGAUGCACCCUCCAGGCCCACUACUAUCGUGGGCCCGUUUGGCCAUAACAGACACGAUAGUUGAUGGUUGUCUUGUUCCGGCGGGGACCACAGCAAUGGUGAACAUGUGGGCCAUAGCGCAUGAUCCACACGUGUGGGUUGAUCCUUUGGAGUUUAAACCCGAGAGGUUCGUAGCGAAAGAAGGUGAGGUGGAGUUCUCGGUUCUAGGGUCGGACUUGAGACUAGCGCCUUUUGGGUCGGGUCGUCGGAUCUGCCCUGGGAAGAAUCUUGGUUUGACUACCGUUACGUUCUGGACCGCGACGCUGUUGCAUGAGUUUGAAUGGGGAUCGUCUGUUGGAAACGGUGUUGACUUAUCUGAGAAGCUGAGGCUUUCAUGUGAGAUGGCUACCCCUCUUGCUGCUCAAGUGCGUCGUAGGCGCAGUUAAAAAACUUAUAAGAAAAUGGAAGGUUUCUAAUUAAUGGAAACAAUGUAUUAACUAAUUAAGCAGCUUUUUAAUUAGAACUAACAUUCUUAUAUAUACGUGUGGUGUUUGUGUGUGUGUGUGAUUUGUGAGUAUGAAAGGUGAGUGAUGUGUCUCUAUGUUGUAAAUACAAUGAAAAGUAAUUUAUAUUGUUAUGUUCUUGAUUAGUGUCUAAAACGUAAUUUAUUUACUAUCG